AUGGUAUUUUGCGAUUCGCUUCACCUGCGACCGGUGCAGAAAAGUGUACAAAACCAAAGGAUCCCUGGUACGGCACCAACAGCACGAGUGCAGUGGGGUACGAAAAUUCGUGUGCUCGAUCUGCUCGAAAUGCUUCAAGCACAAGCACCACCUACAACAGCACGCGGGACGACUUCAUCCUUGGCUGGUGUACUCGUCUUAAAUCGAACGCUUUCAAACAAAAACUGGACCGAUCACUGGCAAUACACGUGCGAGCGUUGCUUUAAAAAUUACAAGUCGCGGAUCUCGCUGAUGCAGCACCAACGACGCGUGUGCGGUGUCGGGCAGCAGUUCGUCUGUGUCGUCUGUGGCAAUCGGUACAAGCACAAACAACAUCUCAAGAAACACCUAAGUAGCAAAGACGAAGAAGAGCGAAAACACGAGUGCACUCGAUGCGGCAGGCGGUACAAGUGGCGCAAGUCUCUGAACGUCCACAGACGCAAUGCCUGCGGCGCCGAGCCACGUUUCGUCUGCCGGUUGUGUCCUAACAAGCGCUACAAGCACAAACACCAUCUAAAAGAGCACGUGCACAAGUACUAUUACGUCAACGACGAUUACGGUGUCAUCGCCGACCCACCGAUUCCACCAACUAUCGGAUUAAGCAGCGAGUACGGCGUCAUCGCCAACCCACCGCUUCCACCAACUAUCGAAAUAGGUGACGUCGAUUAUAGUGACUACACGAAGCCCCGACGCAGUGUUUACAGGCGCCCAAGUUCAGCUGCGAUGUCUGCGAGCGUAGCUUUUAUCGGCGCUACGAACUCACGAACCAUCAGGUCGCCAAACAUGGGAGAUACAAAUCGACGAGUUAGCUAUCAUCUGCUGGAAAAUGAUUUUUUUUUUUUUUUUCCAACCCUCUUCGACAUUUUUGUGGGUACUUCUUGUUAUUGGCUUUUCCAAGGACCAGCCCAGAUAUUCCUGCAGUCACCGUUGUCGUGCACCAUAGCCAACGAUCCCCUGCCCUUCAAGUGCGAGCGUUGCGGUCGUCGCUACUUCCGCAAGUACACCCUGGUGCGCCAUCUCAAAUUCGAAUGCGGGAAAGCUCCGAACUUUCAGUGCGAAAAGUGCAUGAAAAUGUUCAAGCAUCGACAUCACUUGCGGGAGCACGCAAAGGUUCACUUGGACUCGUACUGA